UCCACAUGACACUAUUAUAAUAAAGAUGGCGUUUAUUAAAGUGGAGAGUGAAGACCUUAAGAUUGAAGAAGUAUUCAGCAUCAAACAAGAAACUGAGGAACAAACAGAUUCCUCUGAUGAUUCUCAGGAUGAUACAAAUGGAGGAAGAAAGAGAAAGGAUGGAAAUAAACGUAAGACGUGUGCUAAUAAAAAGAGAAGAAUGAUGGGACAACCCUAUGUUGGGAUGAGAAGGAAUGAAAUCGUCCAUAUGGAGCGCCGGGUGCUGGGACCAAGAUGUCAGUCAGCUGCAUGUGUGAAGUCCUCCAAGCAUCAAUGCAGUACAAUUGCAGAAGCCGACAGGGAGAACAUUUUUAAAUGUUUUUGGGAGAACAUGAACUGGGAAGAGAAAAAAAUUUAUGUACGUGGUUUGGUAGAUGUCGUUCCCAUAAAGAGGAGAAGGGGGAGUGAUAAUUCAAAAAGAUCAUCUUCUCUUGUAUACUUUUUAAAUGUUAAUGGACAAAGGAGGAGGACGUGCAAGAGUAUGUUUUUGGCAACACUUGGAAUAGGGGAUUGGUGUGCUGUUAAAUGGGUGCAGGACGCAGGAAAUUCAAAGCAGAAUUCGGCAACAUGCCAGAGACGUGAGUUUAUGAAGAGUUUUCUACAGGAUCUCCCGAAGGUGACUUCCUGCUACUGUAGGUCAUCCGCAUCAAAACAGUACCUUGAGCCUGGCUUUCAGUCCAUGCCUGAGCUGUAUAAAGUCUACCAUCGGGCUGCCGAGGAAAAGAUGCUGAGACCCUUGUCAAAGCAGGUUUUCUCUGAAGAAUUUAAGCGGCAGAACUUGGGUCUUUACCAUCUUAAGGACCAGUGUAAUACCUGCUGUUCCUUCAAGGCUGAUAACUUGCCUGAUAAUGGAUGGCAGGUCCAUCUUAUUAAAAAGGAAGAGCCCUGUGCGGUAAAAGUGGAGGACAAAAAUGAUGUAUGUGCCAAGAGUGAAAUUAAAAGCGAAUGGUGAAAAAGCUUCCCAAAAUCAAACAAUGAUUUGAUAAUGAACUUUAUAGGUAGCCAGUGUAAAGUUGAUAAAUAUUAAGUGCAGUCCAGUGCAGAGAACCGGAGAAAUACAAAUUAUUACCUUCUGUAUACAGUAUGUUUAC